ACAGGAGCAAGGUCAGGAUCAAGCCGGGAUCAUACACAGAGCAGCACACAGGAACAAGGUCAGGAGCAAGCCGGGAUCAUACACAGAGCAGCAGACAGGAACAAGGUCAGGAUCAAGCCGGGAUCAUACACAGAGCAGCAGACAGGAACAAGGUCAGGAUCAAGCCGGGUCAAUAACAGGAAAUUAGCAAGAAACUCAGGAACGGGAGGGGCUGACAAUAAUCCAGCAAACACUGAGCAGAGCUGCAAUCCUUAUAAAGGCCACUGAGUGUCAGCAAUUAGUGCACCCUACAUGUGCUGGUGUGUUUUCGUGCACAGGAAUGCUUUGUUACAUGUCGCCACCUAUGCACAUGCGCACUUCUUUGCGCGAAUUGGCAUGGCCAUAUUGCGCAUUGGCACAUUUGCCCGGGCUUCCUCAUCUUUUCCUCUGACAUUUAUGCUAUAAAGAAUCACUAAAAUAGCCAAAAC